CCUUCCUCAUUCGGUUCUUGAAUCGGAGCAAGAGAGCCAGACGAUUAAUAUUCUCCAAACUCCAUCAAAAUUAAUCCUAAAUUCGUUAUGUCGACGACGAAGAAAAUCGGUUCGAGGAUCUUGAUGGUCCUUGUCAUGGGUUGGUCCCUCUUCCAGGUGACGAACGGGUCCAAGGAAAGGUACUACCCCAAAUGGAAGCUGGCUGGCUGGAACAAGCUCCCAGGAUUCAAGGCAAGAAUAACUCAGAAGGGUCUCGACUUCUUCAAAGAUGUCGGCAUGAAGACACUUCAGGCAAAAAUCGGAAAAAUGCACAUUCCAGAUCAACAUGGCUCGUCUGGUGCAAUUGAAUACUCUGCAACUAAUAUCAAGAUCGUAUCCUUCGGUUUACCAGCCUCCAUCACCCCUAAUGGGGACGGGCUGAGGCUUCAAAUGAAUAAGGCUUCUUUCAACCUGCACGGGGAUAUCAGUUAUACAGUCAUUAAAAUUAUCACUAAAUCUGGAUACUUUGACGGAAGACUGGCUGACAUCUCUCUUGAUGCUUCUAUCCGUAUAGGAGUGGACAAUAGUGGCAGACCAUCAGCAAGUGCCAAAAAUUGUAAUUUCCAUGUCGGGUUUGUAAAGGUAGAACUACACGCUGGAUCGGCUUGGAAAUAUGAUGAAGAAGUCGCUGCUCAACUGAAACAAACCUUGAAUCAUCAGGUCUGCAGUAACGUUAUCAAAGCUAUCAACACUGAUCUAGAAAACAAAUUAAGAGCAUUGAAAGUGGCUAUGCUCUACAAAGACAAGUUUAAGUUUGACUACUCUCUCGUAGAAAGCCCAUCGUUCAACACAUCAGUCGACACAGCGCACAAGGGUGAAGCUUACCCGAUCGGAAAUGCGACCGAAUGCCCCAUACCUAUACCAGUAGUGCCACAGGAUCCGGAUAAGACUUCAAAGAUGUUGUUCCUGUGGGUAACCGACUACCUGCCAAACUCUGCCGGUUAUGUCCUGCAGGAGACCGGUCAGCUCCACCAUAUACUGACUCCAGAUAACGUGCCUCCGGAACAGAAGAAAUACCUCAACACGUCUAGUAUGGCUGUAAAAAUGCUCCUUCCACAGAUCAGCAAACUCUACCCAAACAUGGCAAUGAUGAUUAGUCUGAACAGCACUCAAACUCCCACGGUCAAGAUCACAUCGGAUGGCAUCGAGGCUGUCUUGGUCGCCUACUGCUCCCCGUACGCUAUCCUUCCAAACAAGACCAAAGCCUUCUUGUUCACACUGAGCGUGUCCAUCAUUGCAGACUUAAACGUCGGCCUGAAGGCGACCAACAUAACAUGGAAGAUUACGUCUUUCAGAACCGUUUUGAAAGAGGUUCGCUCUGAGGUGGGGCCGAUUUCGAUCUCAAAACUUCAGAAAGCUGUUGACUUGGCUAUUAAGACGUCAAUACUUCCGAAGCUUAACAAAAUGGGCAUGGCUGGAGUUCCUCUUCCGAAACUGGAUGGCUUUGAGAUGAUUAAUUCAUCCAUCACACCGGGAAAGGGUUUUCUGAAGAUUGGAACUGACCUCAUUUACACCGAUCAGUCGGCCGACGCCAUAUAAGAAUAUUACUAACGUUUUCAACGUUUUUUCUUUCAAAUAGAAUACACAACAUCAACAUUAAUGUGUCAGAUGGCAAUCGUGCACUGAUCAAUG